GUAGAUCAAUGGGCUCAGCUACAGCUAUAUUGGCGGCGAGAGAAAAUCCUAAUAUUAAAGUGAUUGUUUGUGACAGCCCCUUUUCAAAUUUUUAUAUGUUAUGCUAAGAUUUGGCUAAAUCUAGAUAUCAUAUACCUAAAUGUUUCUUCAAUUGUUGUUGGUGUUUUAUUAAAUCUAAAAUCUAAAAGGAAGCUAAUUUUAAUUUGGAUGAUCUUAACUUACUUUCAAUAGUCUAAAGUAUACUAAUAUUUUAUAUAGCAUUACAAAAUGAUUUAUUGAUAAUUUUUUUAUAAGCAAAACAAGAUGAAUUGAUAGAGAAUAAGCAUGCUUCUUUACUGAUGGAAAAUUUUAGAGGGAAGAAAAAAUUACUCAGUUUUGAUGGAACUCAUAAUUCUACAAGACCAAAAGACGUUAUGGAAUAAUCUGUUGAAUUAAUUAAGAAAGAAUUUGGAUUUUUAAGUUGGAAUUAAACUUCAUUCUAAAAAGAAAUCAAAUUAUCAUCUAGAAAUUCUUCUGUAAAUGCUCCAUUAUUGAGAGCCAGUAAAACUAGUAUAGUACCUUAAACAGAAGAUACUGAAUAAUGA